AUGGCGGAGGAUUCUUCGGACGAGGAGCAAUAUGAAGAUCUUAACGUUCAAAAUGGAUACGAUGGUGAACUUGAACUGUACCUCAGGGGUGAUUCUGAAUCAGAUACAAGUGACUCGGCAGGUAGUAUAAUGUUGUGAGGGAAGUCUCUAAAACGGUGUACAGGGCGAAGUUUGUAUAGAAUGUAGCUAGGUGCAGAAAGAAGUGUUAAUGCAAUAGUAAAGGGAUUUCGACUAAUUUUCUCCUCAGUGGAUAUAAAGCCAGUAUGGUUUGGGCUACUAUCAAGAGGGCUAUACGCUCGAUUUAUAGGAAACUUUUCUGCUUUAUCAGGACUAAAGAAAAUUCGAACUGACAACAAUGUGUACACAUGAAAUAAUUGAUGGAGACUCUAGACUGUACUGACGUUAAACUUCGACUUUUGUGACUAGAGUUACUCUGAACAUGACAUUCAUGAACUCAGCUGUCGUAUAGCAAGCAUAUGAAUUUGUAUUUCGACAUUCUGUCAGUAAAGAGUGAUUUAUCUGACUUACUAAAAUAUUUAAUGUAUUUGUUUUGUGGUUUUUAUUCAGCUGAAAUUGUCCAGGAUAGUGAUGAAGGCGGAGCCAUUAAUGAGUGUACAGUGAAUUUUGACCAGUCUCUUCCAACGCGCCAUCAAGUGAGCAUUAGCCUGCACUCUUUUAACCCUAACAUCAGUAUGCAAUUUCUCCCUACAUUUCCUAAGCUGUCACCAAGAGGAAUUUGUUCAGUAAUCAUGAGGUGCUUUAGUUAGUGAUCACUUUCUUCAUUCUCAUGAACUUAAUGUUUGAUUCUAGGAUUAUUUUGUAAGGAGCAGUUAGAUGCUAGUCACUUUUAGAGGUGAAAUGGUUAAAACACAAAUUAGUGUAUAUUUAGCAAAGUGUAAGACUUAUGACUGGAAACAUUAAAUCUUGAACAAUUAAGGUAUUUGUCUGUUUUCCUUGCAGUAUCUUGGUGAAGAAAUGGAUGAGUUCAGUGGACGCACAUAUCAUGAGCCUGGUUCACAUAUCACCCUUCCAUUACUGAUGUUACCUGGUCUUGUUCUGGUCCCUGGACAAACUCUUCCUCUUCACUUAUUUCAACCUCAGGUUGGACAUACACUUUUAAGAAACAUAUUCAUGACUUGAGAGAUAUACUAGACAAAUCUUCACUUGAACAUAGGUGAAUGGUCAGCUUAACUUAACUCUGUUGCAACUUUUAAGAAACUAACUGACUGACUUUUACAUUACAAGGUAAAUGAUUUGACCAACUAAACUGCAGCUUUUUUCAAUUGAAUGUCUAAGUAAUACAAGAUUGCAUUGGUUUUACUCAACUAUACCCUAUGACUGGUCUAGAAAACUCUCUUGACCAACUUCCAAUGAAUAAAAAAUUGCAACCAUUAAGAUUUGGUUGCUCAUGUUUUCCUAAGCAUCAAGCAGUUUCAUUCUCUUUACUAUGAGUUUUAAUUGGCUCCCAGUGAUAUUUUCCUUUGGUCUUUUUAACUUUGGUUUUAGUCUUUCAAAACUAUGUUGAAAAGGGCUCAGAAGGAAAUAAAAUAAUCAGGGAAUUUAUCUCUCUGAUAGCCAUUUAUUCUCUUUAAUGGGUGGGAAGGUGGGACUGCACAUUUAGUAUUAUUUGAUUACAACUUUUUUGUUAAAAAAAUAUGGAUGUAUUGACUUUUAUUAACUACAUAUGUAAUUGUUCUUAACACCAGUCUGUGUCAAUGAUGAAAAAUAUUAUAGAAAAAGACAGAACGUUUGGCAUGGUAAAUGCAAGGUGAGAGAUUUAUGCCACAGUCCUCAGAGAACAUGUUUUUUUUUCUAAUUUAUUGCCAAUGUUUUUUUCAUAAGUAACUCUUCUGUUGGGAGAUUGUAUUGCAAGCUCAUUUCAGGUUUUAAAUGUUAUAUAUUGUUUUAUAUCUUAUCUAGGUCAAAUUUUAUCGAACAUGAUUUGAAAUGAUAUUUUGAUAAAAAUUGUGAAACUGAAAAUAUGCAAACUUUUCUUUCUUGUUUCCAGUUUACAGUGACUAAAGACAAGAGCUCAAGUUCUUAUCUCUAAACAAGCCUCUCAUUAUUUCAUAAUAUCAAUGUUUAUUGUUUGAUAUCAUGUUGUCCUCUAGAUAUGGCAUUAACCAAAGCCAGCUGCUUGCUGCCAUUGGAACCACAGCAGAGAUAUUCUCCAUGAAAGAAGAGUCUGAUGCAGGAAUUAAUACACUGCGUAUCAAAGCUACAGGCCGUCAAAGGUUUCGAAUUAAAGAACUGCGUAGGCAAGUGGAUGGGUGAGUUACAAGGUUAUGCAAGAUAGUGACAUGUUUUAGUCAAUACCUUUUAAAGACUUAUACUUCUGUAAAGAAACCUCUUAUAGUCCUUUUAGCUUAAGUCUCUAAGCUAAUAACUCUAACUGAUACAUGGUAAAAGAGAAGAACAGUUCCCAAAAGAUAUAGUUGGCCAACGGUCAACCAACUGUUAGCCGACUGUCAGCCAACCAAUGGCCAACUGUGAAUCAAUGAAAUAUUGUUCACUUUUACCCAUGCAUGAGGGGACGUAAAUCGUCUGUACUGUAAGUAUCCCGGAGAGUCCCCUACAUUUUCUUAGACUUUUAGUCUAAGAAAAUGUAUGGGACUUUUUGAACGCUCCAGGCAGCUCUCCUGUAAGGUGUCAUAAUCCUGUUGCUGCUGACAUUGAUGUGACAGAUAAUUGCUUUUGCACUGUUUUCUUUGCCGGCUUAUACUUGUCAUCAAGUUUCAAUAAGACGGCUAUCAUUUUUCACAAGAAUAAUGAAGUUUUCGUAAAUUGUGAGAUCGGAUGAUAUGUACUUACAGUGCAGACGAUUUGCGUCCCCUCAUGACAGUUGUUGUACAAUAUGUAGUACCUGAAAAACAAUGGGAAGGCAUGAACUGGAAUAGGGUCACAACCAGUUGAUAACAUUUUCGUCACAUUUAGUGUCUUUAGAAUGAAGGAGUGAGCUCAAAUAUUGAAAUUUUAACCAAGUUUUGCUUUUUCCUGCCUCAGUAUUCUACUGGCCACAGUGCAUGUUUUACCAGAAGUCAACCUUCCCUCUCAUCCUGAGGGUGCACUUUGGUCUUGUUACCACAAGUUUGGUUGCCAGGGAACCACUAGUGGCUACCAUGAAAAACCACACCAGGUCACCUCCAGAAAAAACAGACUGGGGAAGAAUAAGUAUCACAAGGUUAGAUUUUAAGGAGGCAUCAAAUUUACUUUGAUGAAGUAACACUACUUUUUCUUAAUUACUUUUCUUAAUUUCGUUUUCACUGAUCAAGCUGCAGAGUGACAAUCUUAUGUAGCUAUUGAUCAAUUAGUCCGUCUUAUGUUUCUCUAUAUGGCAAAAGCUAAGAACCAAGCUUGGUGAUCCCUGUGGUUUGUUUGUUUGUUUGUUUUUUUCAAAAGGGACACUGCUUGAUAUGAGGAUUUAGUUCCCCCUUCUUUUGACCUUCAUCUUUUUUAAUAAAGUUUUUGUUUUGUGUUCAAAAUCUUUCUAAAAUCUUUAGGAAAUGCUGUCUAGGGUGGUGAAAGUUUCUCUAAUGCAAGAGAGAAGUUAGGUGAACUAGUUAUGGCAUCAAAAGCAGGACAGUCUAUUUAAAUGUUUGCUGCAGAUAUAUAUAUAUAUAUAUAUAUAUAUAUGUAUAUGUAUAUGUAUAUAUAUAUAUAUAUAUAUAUAUAUAUAUAUAUAUAUAUAUACAUAUAUGGUACUUUAUUAAACUUGAAUCACUGAUCAACUCUAUAGGUACCCACCAGUCUAAGUUCAUGGCCAAGCUGGGUAUAUGAGUUGUACAAUCCAGUAAGUUAUAAAAUGUUCAAUAAAAAAUAUUAAUCAAGGAGAAAACCUUCGGAUACUGUCACAUGAUCAACCUGGCACAUUCCAGAUCUUCAGCAAGAUCACCCACAGUUCUUUUUGGGAAUGGUGAAAGUAAAGGAUAAAACACAUGGGUUUUAGCAGUGACUUUUCAAAGACUGAAUCAUAAAGGUUCUUUUCAAUAGAGCUACAACUUUGAAAAUAUUUCCAUGAAAUAUGAGAAACUGCUGGUGUCCACAAGCAAGUGUUAUGAUUUGUAACAGUUUACUGGAAACUGUUUAUAUUUUGUGGAGUAGAGGGUUUUCCCCAAAAUACAACAGCCCAUGCAUGUCACCAACCAGUGUACCAAUCAUUUCUUUCCUGUAUACAAAAUAGAACCCAACAACACACUACUUAACAGCAACUUGGCAGUUUUUAAGGAAACAUAAUCUCACUAUUGUGUCAAAUUUAAAUUUCUACAGUUUCUUCUGAUGGAGCUAAUCAAGAAAGAGUUAAAAAGUUGGAGUGAAACUCUACGUAUCGACAAUGUUCCUAGAUCACCAUUAGGUAACAAUGAUUAAGAACUAGUGCUUCAGUUAGUGUUGCAUGAUAUCAUAGGUUAUAAUCCAUCAAAUCCUCUUUCUUGUAUGCCAUUGGUCUAAAUUCAACCCAUAACAAAAUAUAUCCCCAGCAUAAACUGGUGAAUAUCCAAGAAUAUACCCAAAGUGAUAUUACCCAAUUUUUAAACUUUUGUCCACUUCAAAAAAGUCAUUGUUUGAAAUUCAAUUCAAGAUGAGAGAACGUUUUGUGGUUGUUACAGAAGUAUGGACAUGUCUGUUUGUUUAUAAAAUUAUACCAGAGAACAUUGAAAAAUUAACAUCUUGCACAGUAAAUGGUGAGUUGUUCGUAAAUAUUUUUUCUGUGUGAUGCAACUGUAUUUGAAGGAUAAGAAACGCAAUAACCUCUAUAUAGUGCAAAAAUAUGCUCAUUUAUUAGUCCUUGGACAUUAUCUGUUCCUCAAGCCUCACAUUUUUCUUCAAGCUUUGCUCUUGGAAAACUGUUUGCAUCUAAAACAGGUAGUGUCUGAGGACAAAUAUCCAUGCAUAUUUUUGCACCAAAGGGAGACUAUUGUUUGCAUACUUACAACAUUAUGUGGAAGGUCUGAAUAGUUAAUGCUUUCAGGUAAACUGAAACAAGAAUUUUCAUAUUUCUUCUGUUAUGAGAGGAAGAACACUUUAAUUGACCUUUACCUUUAUCAGAUACAAAUGCAAAAAUAAACACAGAGCAACUCUGUAGAUAGCCUAACAAUAAUACUUUAAAACUGAUACAAUGCUUUGCAAACAGCUAAUGCAGGCAUCUUAAAAGAGUGACACUUAUUGUUCAAAGUACAUGUAAUUGCUUCAUAAGAUGAAACAGUCGUAUACUUUUUGGUGUCUAUCAUUUUCAGACUUUUCUUUUUGGGUGGCAGCCAAUAUGCCCUUAGAUGAUAGCCUUAGACUUCAAAUACUUGGUAUCAACUGUCCUACUCAAAGACUACGAAAAGAGCUAGAAAUAGUCCGUAAGGUAAUUUAAAAGAUUCAAACUUUUAAGAGCAACCUCCUCUUUACUGUUAAACAAAGUAUAUACUUUACUGUAACAUGUGCACCUGUCGUUUUUCGAUCCUUCCCCCUUUUUUUCCUGCUGUUUUGUUUAGGUUUCUCUCUUUUUGUGUGGACCUUGGUAUGUAGGACAUACGUCAAAGAAUACCAGCUUUCCUCACGCCCAGGGAUUAAACUGACAUUUAAAGUAACGAUUUCUAAUUUUGUUCUGGAUCGUUUACUUUUGUUUCGUUGUUAUUGGUUUUUAUUUACUCGCCUUUAAGUGCCAACGAAGAUAAGUUUACGCGAACUCAAUUACCCUUGGUCUCGUUGGUUAACUGAAUGUUUGACAUUAGCAAGAAGUAAUGGGAUCAAAGACCCCAUUUUUUUCUCUUUUCUAUUUCGCGCAAGUCCAUAGGAUCGUUUUUCCGGGAACAACGAAGACGGAUUGUAAAUUUUCGUAAAGUUGAGAAUGACUGUUUACUUUUUAAGAGUUUUGUUUGACCCUUAUCGAAUCCAGUUUUUAGAGGUACAUAACUCUUCUCAAAUAGACGAACCCCUAUCUACCAUCGAUUGAUUUCCAAUCCUUUUUCAACCGACUGACGGACGACUGACGUCACACCCACUACCCCACUUUUGUCUUACAGUGUAGCGUGUUGUGCUGUCGUAGUUGUGAUACCAAGAUCGUGGAAAAAAGUGAUUUGUUCAGGUGAGGCGUCAUUUGGUGAGUUAAGACCAUUCGAAUAUUAAAAUGAUGAUUUUCAGAGUUCCAUGAAACUUUCCUCAGUAAUAUUGCUCCAAAUCGACGGAAAGCUAGAAAGCAGCGCACAUAUUUGCCUAGUGAGAACCUUUCGGCCUUUUUUGUGAUUUAUACGGUUGUUGUAAAUGAAUUUUAGGUAUAUUCAAGAACGUUUGUCCUCAAAGAACCCAUUUUUUUCUAUAUCUCGGCUACCGCUACAUAUCAUUGCACAUACGAAGGAGAGAACCCGAUAAAUACACCUGGGAGCAUGUCUUUCCUUAAUUCAUUUUUACUCUGGUCUCUCAAUGAUUAGUUGUAGCAUGACAAUGCCACACUGCAACAGGGUUAAAAGUUAUGUCCAAAUGUUAUCCCGCAUCUGGCUGUUUUUAACUCCGUUGAACGUUAAAUCAUAGUUCAAUUAACUCUCCAGUAUUUUUAUGUUAUUUUUCAGUAUGUCCUUGGAUGGUCCGUUGGGUGCUUAUGUGAAUCCAAAUGGCUGGGUGCACGAGACACUCACAUUUUACCGAGCCUCCGGCAUCAGACUUAGAGGAAAACCCACCGCACAGAACAGCUGGUUUCCAGGGUAAGUCGGUAUCUCCCCCACCCACCCCUGCUAAAUGCUGCUAACCUUGUUAGAAGUAACCUUUGCGUAAUUUUCUCUUGUUCUGUGUACUUUUUUAUGGGGUUUUUCUGUUAGUUUUGCUUUCUUACAAAUCAAAUUUAUCUCGGUAAGGGAGUGACCUCACAAAGCGGAGCUGAGUGUAAAACCAACAUGCGAGAUAAACAUGGAUACUGAAAGUCAGAUGCUGGUAAUUGAAGAAAUUUACAGUGUGAAAGAGAACCUGACAUUCUGGUAGAGAAAUUGACUGAAUGUGUAAAAUCGAGGCAGAUUACAAGCAGAGCGAGUUAAGUGUACACUACUUGCAGAUUAGAUUUUUGAAUUUUUUUUUUCUUCUAGGUAUGCUUGGACUAUAGCUGAAUGUGCCCAAUGCGCUGAUCACUUAGGAUGGCGUUUCACUGCGGUCAAAAAGGGUCUGUCGCCCAAUAAGUUUUGGGGACUAACCCGAGCGUCUCUGCGUCCCACCUUAAAAUACGACGAGCAAGAAGAAACGUCGGGAAAGUAUACAAGGGCGUCAUCCUCCUCAUCCACCUCUUCGUCCCCAUAGAGACCCGUGCAGUGCAGCUAAAAGUAGCUCAAAAUACUGGAAACCCCAGCUUUGAAAACCUUGGACCCUGUCUUGGCUCGUUGUUGUAGAGAGGAUAUCAAGUUUUCUAACUUGUGAGGGGUUAGAAAACUGUGAAUGUCAAUGCACUUCUUUAGAAGGGUUCCAGAUAAUGCACCUCCAUACGUCGAUAAUUCAUGUGGACUGAGUGAAAGACAAAAAAUUUGUCAACGAUAGCUAUGACCGCACAACACUUUGAAAAUGUAGAACAAAAGUUUGAUGUUAUAUUGUAGAAAACUGAACUUUCUCUGUUUUGAUAAAAAUUGUAUCAAACAUGGACGAGGGAUCAGUUGUAUCCGCCACAAGGUUCUUUGUUAGUUUAAGCUCUAAACACGCGUACACAAGGUAUCGUUAUAGUUAGCAAAGCGCUCUUUACACCUUCGAUACGUAAAUGAAGUCGCAAUUACCCAAUAAUUUUAGAGGACGCGGUGUACGUCUAGAAUAGGGCUGUCUGAGAGCCUUAAUCAGCGUUGCUGUAUGUCGAGAGAAAUUCUAAUUUCUCUCAGCGUAGUGUUCUGAGUGAGAAAAAUCAGAGCAGGAAAGGGAAUACGGGAAGGCAGAGGAAAUUGAGGCGCUUUGACGGUUAAUGUUAUAAGAGUUAUCAGUAAGGACAACUUGACUGGCGGUAAUAAGAAGAACAGUGAAACGUGCAUAGUUAGGACUCAUUGUUGACUGAGGAAGCAUGAGUUGUGCUACUUCUAAUGAAAAAGGAGGCGGCGAUAUAAUUUUUUUUUCAGUAAAAACCAGUAAGCCUUGCGGUCGUAUUGAUACAAAGAUGAGAUGGAAUUCUCUCGUAUGUAGUUUAAAUAAGAAAUGGCGUAAUACGCAAGUUCGCAUAACAAAUGUCUUCGACGAGAGAAACGAGAAAUGAAGCUUUUUCACCUGUAAUGGUAUUUGAUGAUUUUAAUUCGUUUUUUUUUUGUCACGAAUCUUCUAUCGACACCCACAUUGACACAAAUCAGUUGAUUUUACUAUCACAAGCAAGA